CUUAAUGUUCCUGGCUGGUGGCCGGUCUGUACUGUUCACUGUUGACGAUAAUGGGCGCAUCGACCUGUGCAUAAUAAUCACCCAGAUCCGAAUAUUCCACAGGGCGUCAUAUAAGGGCUCGAAGCUAGGAGUAGAGGCGACUAUGUUCAUGGACAACAUCCCCCGCUGAUCCCAUCGAUGCACCAACUCUUCCACCACCUCCUCUUGGCGACGUCGCUCGUGGCGAUCGCGAGUGGCAAUGUCAUUCGAGGUGUCAAUCUAGGCGGUUGGUUACUGGUGGAGCAAUGGAUGACGCCUUCCCUGUUUUAUGACACUACCGCUGCGGAUGAAUGGCAUCUCUGUAAUCAGUUGGGCAAGGAAGCGUGCUUGGGUUUAUUACAAGAUCAUUGGAGUACAUUCUAUACUCGGGACGACCUUGUGGCCAUCCAAGCUGCAGGACUGAAUGCAGUGAGGAUCCCGAUCGGGUACUGGGCCGUCGAUCUGCUGGACUACGAGCCAUAUGUCUCUGGUCAAUUCCCGUAUCUCAUCCAAGCGGUCAACUGGGCCCAAGAACUAGGCCUGACAGUCCUUAUCGACCUACAUGGUGCACCUGGGUCUCAGAAUGGUCAGGACAACUCUGGACUCAUCGGCCCUGUGCUAUUUGCGACCAAUUCUUCAAAUAUAGAUCGUAGUCUCAACGUCAUCCGAAAUUUGACGCAGGAAUUCUCGCAAUCCCAAUAUGGAGGCGUAGUGACCUCUAUCGAGCUAUUAAAUGAGCCCAGAUUAGGCAACACUUUCAACAUGUCUCAGCUCAAAUCGUUCUAUUCCGGCGGCAUGUCUAACAUGACGUCUGUGUCGCAUGGUCAGAUGAACAUGACCAUACACGACGCAUUCUGGGGGCCUCAAUACUGGGCAGGCUAUGAUCCAUCCAGCUCUGGAGAGUCCUCUAUCCCGACUGUCAUCGACACUCAUCAAUACUAUGCGUUCCCACCUCUUGGAAACCUGACUCAUCAUGCCAUACUCCAGUCCAUCUGUAACAUUUCGUAUCUCCUCAAAUCUACCGAUCUGAAUCUCUUACCUACCGUGGUGGGCGAGUGGAGUUUGGAGUCUGGCAACCCACCCAAUACCUCGAGCUCAGACCAGAACGAUGGCGAUGAUACGGCCAAGCGCACAUGGCUCAGGCUCAUGUUUGAGGCGCAAUUGGCUGCUUACGAGCCAAAUGGCCCGGGUCAGCCUUCACUUGGGUGGUAUUUCUGGAGCUGGAAGCAGGAGUGGGACAUCGAUACCUGGUCAUACCGCAUGGGCAUUGGAGACGGUUGGAUCCCUUCAGACGUCAGCAACAUGUCGCAACGUGUCUAUCCGCUCCUUUCUAACGGUUGUGUGGACGCCGGUUUCAACUAUACAGCUCCCCCUCUGUCCAGUGGUUCCUCGAGUGGUGGUGGUAAUGGGGGUGGAGGGUAUGGGGGUUAUCCACCCUAUUAUUAUGGUUCAUCUCCAGCCAAAUCUGCGCCAUUUCUUCUCUCGUUCCUCUUGGUCAUGCUCACUCUGUACCUGACGCUUUAGAUAAACAUAUAUAACGAAGAUAGAUGUCUAGAGUAGUAGUAUCUUUGUAGCGCUAUUUUUCUUUCAUGGGAUGUCCAUUGGUGCCACUCGCU